AUGUGUAGUGAACGAGAAUGUGGUGUAUACAUCCACACAAGUGUUACUGAUGAACUUUUAUCUAUUAGUGGUGAUCAUAAUCAUUCAGCAAAUCCAGACCAAAUAGAAGUUAAACUUCUUCGAGACAAAAUGAAAGAACGAAUAUUAGCUGAAACAAUGUCCAUUACAAAAAUAUACGAUGAAGAAAUCGUGAAGGCGAAUCUUUCAAAAGCAGCAACAGCAAUUAUUCCAACUGUUGUGGAAUAUCGAUCCAAUAUGAGUAAAGCACGACGAAAAAAUACACCUGUAAUACCAUCAUCUGUCAUGUUUGAUAUUCCAGAAUUAUACCAACAAACACUUGCAGGCAAACGAUUCUUGUUCAUAGAUGUGUUUUUAAAACGUGGUAAAGAUCGAAUUUUGGUUUUUUCAAGUGACCAGCAGUUAAAAAUUUUAUUUGAAAGUGAUACAAUUUUUAUGGAUGGUACAUUUGAUAUAACACCAGCUCAUUUUAAACAAGUUUUCUUAAUUCAUGCUCAUAAAUUUGGUCAAGGUUUACCAGUUGCAUUUUGUCUUUUACCAAAUAAACGUGGAAAAACAUAUACCGAAUUAUUUGAUAGAUUAAAAGAUCAAGCAUGUCUUAUGGGUACACAGUUCAAUCCAAAAUGCAUCAUCACAGAUUAUGAACCCGGUUUAAUGCCUGUCGUGGCACAAGAAUUCCCUGUAGCUAUCCAUUCUGAAUGUAUGUUUCAUUUUAAUCAAGCCAUUCAUCGAAAAAUUACAGAUUUAGGCUUAGCAAAUGAUUAUUUACAUAAUGAAACCAUUCGAGAUCAAUGUCGUCAACUUAUGGCAUUAAGUCUUAUGCCUGUUGAUGAAGUUGAGCGUCAAUUUCAACGUUUACAAACUAUUACGUCGUCAACAUUAAGUGAUUUAUUAUUGUAUUUUAAAAAUCAAUGGGUGCAUGGUGUUGUUCCAAUUCAUAUGUGGAAUUUUCAUGAUGCCGACCAUCGAACAAAUAAUACUUCAGAAGCUUAUAAUCUUCGAUUUGCAACUCGAUUAUCAAAAAAGCAUCCUAAUAUUUGGAGCUUUAUACAAUUAAUUCAAAGUGAACAUGUUCGUUUUGAACAUAUUUCAAUUCAACUUGAUGCUGGUGCAUCUGCACCGAAACAAUCGACAAAAACAAAAGCUUUUCAAAUAAGAUUUGAUACUCUUCGUAGCAGAUACAUCAAAAAGGAAAUCAACGCAAUUGAACUAUUGUCAGGUUUAUCAUUGCUAAUUGGAAAGAAAAAAAAAUAAUAUCUUCUUAUCUUCCCUAGAGAAAGUACUGAGUUCAGGGUACCCAUGUACUGAGAAAGCUCUAGCAGGGUACCCAAUAGGGGUACUUUGAAAAUUCUCAGUAAUUUUACUGAUGUAUGUACUGUUUGGGGUACCCGUAAAAGUACAUUCACUGAAUAAGUACCUGCAUGGAUACACAAGUCUGUAACUUUACUGAGGAAAUCUCGACAGGGUAUCCUAAAUUUUUCGCGUUCUGUGUGGCGACUAUUCAUUCACCGUUUUCUUUUGUACGUACGGCUCUAUAUAAACAACUCGAUAAAUCAUAAGAAAAUAAUCAAUUUUCAUACUAGUUUUUUCUAAAUUAUUUCUUGACUAUUUCUUAGUCGAGGAAAUGCCGAGCUUGGUCGUAAAUUAAGAUCGGACUACCCUGAAGUGGUCUACGACCAACUCAAGUUGAGUCGGAUCCCGACAUUGUUCCUGCUAAGUUUUUGGAAUUGAAAAAAUUAAAUUGAAUAAAGUAAAAAAAAUCUAGUAAAUUAUCUCAAGAAAAAGAAAAAAUUUUAAAAAGUCAAAGAUCAGGUUCGAUCCUGAACAUACUGAAAAUUUGGUAACAGGGUACUUAGAAAUACUAUACAAUGGUACCCAAUUCAGUACUUGAUCAGUACCUUUAGGUACCAAAUUACUGUGCAUUUUCCAGCAGGGUACUUGCCAAAGUACCACUUAGGUACCUGUAAGUACCUGCAAGUACUUUGGUACCCAAAAGUUCCUGUGACAUACUGGCAUCAGGGUACUUUUUUGGGUACCCUUAUCUCAGUAUAUUCUCUAGGGUUGUCAAUAUCUUCUUAUCUUGUCAAUAUUCUCUUAUCUUUUUCGUUCUAAAUUAAUAAAUUAGUCAUAUAUCACAAGAAGAGAUUAAUUAUUUCGACGUUUUCCUUUUCAAAAUUUCUAUUCGAUGUUUUCCUUUUUUAGCUGUUUACAUUUUCGAC